AUGUCAGCGUUGCAUGCCGUGGUCGCAUUCCGAUAUGCCUUAUGACACCCUACCUUUUCGUUAACUAGCAUCCUGCGGAACAACCUAGCUUAGGUAUAGUAAAGUAAGAAGUGUAUUACAAUUUGGGCCCUUUCUUCCCACCGAUGUUUUAUUUAAUUUCUUUUUCCCUCUGCUUUACUGGUUCUUCUUAGCCAGCAGCCGUGAUAUUGGACCCUGCAGGAAGAGAUUCCAGCCACCCUAUACUGCCUCAGCAGAUCUCAUUGGCUACUCUUAAUACCACGAUCACCCGCUCUUUUUUCUCGUUAUGUCUGCUAGGAUUUCAACGCCGUUCGGACAUGCACUGCCACCCGCAUCACGGCAUUCCGUGGCAGUUCACAUGGGGCCAUGGGAGAACGUCGAGAAGUACGGCUCGGACUCGUCGUCCGUCAUAAUCACUCUUUCCAACGCAGCUCCUCCGAUGAAACCACCAAAGGAUAUUGCCGAACUGGGUGCAAUCAUCCUUGAACGGAUAGGAGCGGAAAAUAUGGCAUGUUACUUGUUCUCGUCUUUACAAUCCGCCCGCGAAUGUGUCGAGUACUCGACAUCCGAGAGGCGAGACAGCAGUUCUGGCAAAAAGUCCAUACCGCAAGAUCAGAUAACCAUCCGCGCGUUCACCGCUGUGGACCGCUUCUUUGCCGUGAUAUUCCCACAUGACAGCAUCGCUAGCGUCGCCGGUUUCUGGAACGUCUCCGGUGCCGGCAUCUCUUCUCGGUUCGCCGAAACCGCUCUCAAACACAUCAACCGCCUCUCCGAAGUUCCCAUACUGGGCAACGACGCGGUGCGGCCCGGGUUUGAGAGCAUCGCACACCGGACCAUCCGGGAAAGGAUCGCCCAGCACGUGAGGCGAGCGCCGUUAGUAAUUGAUCUGCCUAGACCCUACGCCGACGAUGUCUACCUCUUCCAAACGGGCAUGGCUGCCAUCUACAAGCCACACACCUACAUGCUCCGGCGCAGCAAAGGCACCGUUGUGCUCUUCGGCAUGGCCUUAAUGGACACGCUCGCGCUGUUUGAGGAGUUUGGCACCGGCUUCAAGUUCUUCGGCAAUGGAAACGACAAGGACCUCGAUGCUCUGGAGGAGUUCCUCGAGCAGGAGUAUCAGCGUGAAAACAUCGUGAAAGCCAUCUGGGCCGAGUUUCCGGCAAACCCGCUGCUCGCCACCCCGGACCUGACGCGCCUCCGAGCCCUGGCGGAUAAAUACGAAGUAGUGCUUGCGAUUGACGACACCGUGGGGAGCUGGGCGAACGUUGACAUCAUACACCUGGCCGAUAUGCUGGUGACCUCUUUGACAAAAUCCUUCAACGGCUACGCGGACGCCAUGGCCGGCAGCGUCGUUAUCAACCCCGAGUCCCGCGUAUAUCACUACUUGAAGUCUCUCUUCGACCACUACCACGUACCAGAGCUGUAUGUUGACGAUGCAGAGGUGGUCGAGAAGAACAGCCGCAACUAUCUGUCUCGCACAGCCCAGCUCAACCACAAUGCUAGCUCUCUCGUGCAGUAUCUAUUGUCCUGCGCCGAAGACCCGGACAGCGCUGUCAAGGCCGUGUACUACCCUUCCGUCAACCGCUCCGUGGCAAGUUACCGAAAGUUCAUGCGGCCCGCCGCGCCCGACUUCUCGCCCGGCUACGGCUGCCUUCUAUGUGUGGAGCUAGAGGAUCUGCCAACCACGGCGGCUUUCUACGAUAAUCUCAACGUGCACAAGGGUCCUCAUCUGGGAGCAUCGGUCACGUUAGCCUUUGCUUUCACCAUGUGCGCAUACAAGGAUAGGCUGGAGUGGGCAGAACAGUACGGCCUGAAACCGACCCAGAUUAGGAUCUCUGCCGGCCUCGAGGAUACGGAGAUGCUGGUUCAGGACUUCCGGGUUGCGGUGGAGGCCGCGAACAAGAUCAAGCAUCACAAUCCUUCUGUUACCUAACCUAAUGCUGUCAGGAUAGACAUUCUGAUUUAAGCUUAUGAACGGUCAUUGCAUUGGAUAGAGUGAUGGAAAGGGGUGUCCAUGAGUUGGCAUUCAGCAUGUAGAGCGAGGAUUACUAUGGCAUGAAUUAUUCUUCGUAUCUAGUUAGCGACAUGAUUAAUAAAAGUACUAUCAUUCAGUGAA